GCGGCGGUGUGAGGCCCCGCCGGUCGCGGUGCUGCCGGCCCGUAGGAUGCCGCUCCGCGCUCUGCUGAGGGCCGCGGCCUCGCUGCGCGGCUGCGGUGCCGGGGCGCUGCCGCCCGCCGCCGUGCCCGGGAGGCGGCCGGUGCCCCCGUGCCCGCAGCAGGCCGGCGGCAUGGCCACCCUGAACCAGAUGCACCGGCAGGGCCGGCCCAAGCCGCCCCCUCCCAAGGUGGGGGCCACCUUCGGCCGCCCCCAGAUCAAGGGGGUGGUGAUCAAGAACCUGAUCCGGAAGCCCAAGAAGCCCAACUCGGCCAACCGCAAAUGCGCGCGGGUGCGGCUGAGCAACGGGAAGGAGGUGGUGUGCUUCAUCCCCGGCGAGGGCCACAACCUGCAGGAGCACCACGUCGUGCUGGUGCAGGGCGGCCGCACCCAGGACCUGCCGGGGGUGAAGCUCACCAUCGUGCGGGGCAAGUACGACUGCGCCCACGUCCAGAAGAAGAAGUGA